GCCCCACGUAACAAUGAUUCGUCGUAUAGUGGACUCUGUCAAUCUAAUGGUUGAUGCUGAAUCAGACGGUCAAGUAAUCACUCUAGGUCGUGAAAGCGAUGAACCAGUAACACCAAGAUGGCUUCACGAUGACUGCAUGCCUGUCAGUGACACUAGUCAGACCAAACUACAGAGUUUAGAACCGAGUGUGGAACCUCAAGACCGUUCAUCCAGUUCAUCAUUUUCGCCUACCGGUUUGGCACAUAAUUUUCUACAGUCCAGUGAUUUUUUCGCUCCUUCCAGUUGGGAGGGGUCGCUUUCGAACACCACAUCUUAUUACGUGCCAUCUAUAUCUCUAAGCCAACAACCCGUACCUGAACCGCUCAGCUGUGUUAACACCACGGAAGCAGGAUACAACCACAAAAUGCCUUUGGGGACCGAAACUGAUUCGGAAUCCGACAAUAACAAUAGUAGCGAUAUUGAGAGACGGUCCACUCCAUCCCCAGGUACUCCUGGGUUUACGCGUCGUCAGUCGCCAUCUCCCGGCGCAUCGAUCCAUUCACCCUCAUUACGUGGUCGUCAGCUACCUGGAGAAAAGUUGUUUGAGCCAAAAAAGCAAAAGCCAGAAGUACUGGAACAGCAGCCCACCAAAUUUCAUUGCCUUCCAGAACCUCAAAGAUCAUCACAACCCGUCCAAUGCAAAAAUGAAGUUAAGGAAAACCAAAAAGACAUGGAAAAGGCGCAGUUAAAGCAAGCAGUCGAGGCUGUUGCUUUGUCUCACGAUGCCGCAAGUUCUUCCGAGGUGGGAGUCGGUGGAACUUCCUGCCAGAUGGAUCCUGUUGUAAUGACUAUUGAGUGCAUGAUAUUGCCUUUUGUUCGAGAUCUCAACGAAGUUGAAUUACGAAUACCAUCUAGCAGGUUGACGAAAGACCAUCGCCGCAUUUUAAAAAAUUUGGCCGCAGAGUACGAGCUCUUGGUUCUGUCUGCCACCAAAGGUCCGGUGGAUCAAUCCAACUUGGUAGUUCGCAAACGAGCUUCUCUAAUCCAAAGACAACAAGCUGAACUUGAGCGAAAAAGGCAGCGCGAGGAGGAAGAACGUGCUCGUCGUUUGGCUUUGGAAGAGGAAAAUCGUCUACGGCUACGCACACUGUUGACUGAUUCAAUCUUCGCUCUUAAUUGUGUAACAGUUCGUGAAGCCGAAGAGAAGAUGAACGCUGCAGCAACGCGUCAGAGUACCUGCUGUCAAACCAAUUUGGAAGAACCCAAACCAGAAGUUGGAACGGGUCGAAAAAAAUACCGGCGCUUGCGCAACGAACGACGCAAACUGGCCAAAGCGAAGCCGCCACCUACGAAACCGAAAAUGGUAGACUCGUGUAUCCAAACCGUCCCGGAAGAUCAUUGGUUGUGCCCGUGGUGCUUGCAACACAUUCCUCCCGCGGCUCAGUGUGGACACGAAGCCGUUUGCCGUGCCGGUUUCAAACAAAAGCAGAAGGAACUGGAGGCCAAAUCGCGACUGAAACAGCGAAACGCAGAUGCUGAGCUACGACGAAGGCAGCGCUUGGGAUUGAAUCCAUUGCCGAAGGAAAAACGCAAGUCUCAAAAAGUUACGACCGCGAUUGUGGAUGCUUCUGGUCGCAGUCGAAGUGGGACUCGGUUGGCGAUCCGGGAAAAGAAGCUUAAGCACAAAUCGCUCACUCGGCUCCGGUCGUCUAGUCGAACCGAUCCAAAGAGACAAACUACCGCGGUGAUCAAGUUGGACGAAGUACAUCCCAACGAUCUAGGAGCCAUGGCUCGCUUGAUGCAGAGACUUUGCCGCGAGCCACAAUGCAAACAACUGGCGGAUGCUGGAGACUCAGGUUCACGCCCAGGAGGAGUGAAGUGUCCCAACUGCCGACAUAUAUAUUGUGACCACCAUCGACCACUGGGAAUGCAUACCGGGUGUCCAGUGGAACCAGAGGCGGACUCGGUCGCUGUCGGUUGUUCGAUUGCUUGUGGCAUGGAUUUGGAAGAAAAGCGGGCCGCACUGAAGUCAGCGAUUCGUCAACGGAGAGAGGUGUUGAUGGAACGACGUCAACGGCAAUAUUAGGUUCUUCUCUCUACAGAAAGGCUGUGACGCCCAGUAACCAGUAAACAUAUCACAAACAGUGCCUCCGUAAUAAUCAGCUGAUGCUUUUUUGCCUUAUAAGAACUAAUCUAGCUCACUACCUAUUUUUAGCUUGAGGCUUCUAUAUUACACGUUUU